AAUUGAGCAACAACUGGUAGCUGAAAUAAGCUAAAUAGCUGCAUGGGACAGAUGUAGUUCUUGAUGAAUAUGUUUUUUCAGAAGUGAUGGGUUAAGCCCAAGUGCAUAUUCAUUUCUGUGAAAUUGACAUUUAUGGAUUGUUUCAUCUAUCAAAUCAGCACUCAGAGUUGAUUUGGUGUGAUCGAAUGGUCUCAAACUUGAAGUAAUCCAAAUUGCCACUUACAUUAUGAUGCAACCUUGCAACCUUGUUUGUCCAUACCUUGAAAGGUUCUGAUUUGGGCUGGUAGAGUGCUAGCCGAGGCUCAUUAAUACGCCAAGUUCGGCUCUGCUGUGGAGCCAGUCGGUACCAGUAAACAGGGAUUACACCUAAUUGCACAAGGGAUGAACCGAGCUGGUAACAUUAGAGUUCAAUGAAAGCCGCUUCUGUUCGCUGAAUGUGUAUGAUACCACGUGAACGAUAAUUCGGCAUCAGCAAAAAUCAAGUCCAUGGCUGUUCUCAAAUUCCAAAUGUUUACCCCAAUUCCUGAACUUCACUUAAUUUUAAUAAUGAAACAAAUAUAGUACGGAUAUUUUCAGUAUAAAACGAAUAAAUUUGCUGAGUUUGCUGCACGCCAUCCACACCAAGCCAUCCAUCGAUUCAAGAGACUGCCAAUUUUUUUCUCGUGGAGACCUCCUUGCUUUAAAAGAAAUAAUUAAGACUUGCAAUUUAGGUUAUAGUACUCGAGGAAAUAGAGGUUAGUGAAAGUGAAAAUGCUCCCAGGCUUACCACUGGCAAUGUCAUCGUGGCAGACGUACACUGAAUUACACUGCAUAUUUUCCACACUCCAAUUACAAUCACAAAAUGUCAUUGCUAUCCACUACUCAUCUCAGUCGCACAGCAUAUCUUCUGCUUGCUACCCACAACCCCCCCGGAGACUCCUCUAUAUAUAUUUUCAAUUAUUGCAGAGCUGCAUUCUCAAGAAUGCGCCCUCACAAGGGAAAAAAAUUCACUCUUUCAUCACUUACAGGCGAUUUGCAUUUGCUACACGCACACCUUUUCAGAAUACGCUUAUUAACAUGUAUGCCAAGUGCGGACGUAUGGUGGAUGCUCGGAAAGUGUUUGACCACAUGAAAGAACGAGACAGUGUCUCAUGGAAUACGAUUAUUGCAGCAUACCGAAGACAUGGGUUUCCUCAGGAAGCAGUAACACUGUUUCACCAAAUGCAACAGAAAGGUUUCCAACCGGAUAAAUUCACAUUUUCCAGCGUACUCCCAGCCUGUGCCAAAUUGGGAGCUUUGGAACAGGGUAUGGACAUACAUCAAAGCAUAAACGAUAGAGGAAUUUUGACAAAUGUAGUAGUUGCAAGCGCUCUAAUAGACAUGUAUGCAAAAUGUGGAAGCAUGCACAAGGCACGUGAACUGUUUGACGGAAUGCCUCAAAAAGAUGUCGUCUCAUGGAAUGCAAUGAUUGCAGGAUAUGCACAAAAUGGGCAUGCUGAAAAGGCUUUAGAAACUUUCAAGCAAAUGCAAUCGGCAGGUGUAAUGCCAGACAUCGCAGCUUUUGCCAGUAUCCUCCCAGCCUGUGCCAAAAAGGGAGAUACGGUACAGGGUUUAGGCAUCCAUCAAAGAAUAAUGGAGGGGGGACUUUUUUCGAAUGUCGUAGUUGCAACUGCCCUGGUAGACAUGUAUGCAAAAUGUCGAAGUAUAGACAAGUCACGCAAACUGUUUGACAAAAUGCCUCAAAGAAAUGUAGUCUCAUGGAAUGCUAUGAUUGCAGGAUAUGCACAAAAUGGUUUUAUUGAAAAGACCUUUGAAACUUUUAAGCAAAUGCAACUGGCGGGUAUAAAGCCAGACUCCUCGACCUUUGCCAGCAUCCUCCCUGCCUGUGCUCAAAUGGGAGCCUUGAGACAGGGUACAGCCAUCCAUCAAAGCGUAAUUGAAAGUGGUUUUUUUUCAGAUAUUAUAGUUGGGAAUGCUCUAGCAGAUAUGUAUGCAAAAUGUGGAAGCAUAAACAAGGCAUGUGAACUUUUUGACAGAAUGCCUCGAAGAAAUGUCAUCUCAUGGAAUGGAAUGAUUGUACGAUAUGCACAACAGGGGUUUGUUGAAAAGGCUUUAGAAACUUUCAAGCAAAUGCAAUUGUCAGGUGUAAAGCCAAAUUCGGCAACCUUUGCUAGUAUCCUCCCAGCAUGUGCCAAAAUGGGAGCUUUGGAACAGGGUAUGGACAUCCAUCAAAGCAUAACAGAAGGGGGAUUUUUUUCAGAUGUUGUAGUUGCAACUGCCCUAGUAGACAUGUAUGCGAAAUGUGGAAUUUUAAACAAGGCACGUGAACUAUUUGAAAAAAUGCCUCAAAGAAAUGUGGUCUCAUGGAAUGCCAUGAUUGCAGGAUACGCACAAAAUGGGUUUGUUGAAAAGGCUUGUGAAACAUUUAAGCAAAUGCAAAUAGUGGAUGUAAAACCAGACUCAUCAACCUUUGCCAGCAUCCUCCCCGCCUGUGCUCAAAUGGGAGCUCUGGAACAGGGUGCAGCUAUCCAUCAAAACAUAAUUGAAAGUGGAUUGUUUUCAGAUAUUAUAGUUGCAAAUGCUCUAGUAGAUAUGUAUGCAAAAUGUGGAAGCAUAGACAAGGCAUGUGAACUGUUUGACAGAAUGCCUCAAAGAGAUGUCAUCUCAUGGACUGUAAUGAUUGUAGGGUAUGCACAAAAUGGGCUUGUUGAAAAGGCUUUAGAAAUUUUCAAGCAAAUGCAAUUGGCAGGUGUAAAGCCAGACUCCACAACCUUUGCCAGCAUCCUCCCUGCCUGUGCCAAAAUGGGAGCUUUGGAACAGGGUAUGGACAUCCAUCAAAGCAUUAUGGAAGAGAGAUUUUUUUCAGAUGUUGUAGUUACAACUGCUCUAAUAGACAUGUAUGCAAAAUGUGGAAGCAUAGACAAGGCACGUGAACUGUUUGAUAAAAUGCCUCAAAGAAGGGUGAUCUCGUGGAAUGCCAUGAUUGCAGGAUAUGCACAAAAUGGAUUUUCCAACGAUGCUAUCAAAAUCUUUGAAUUAAUGAAGCACUCUGGAACAUAUCCCGACAUUAUAAGCUUUUCUUGUAUUUUAUUUGCAUGCAGCCAUGCAGGUUUAGUAGAUGAGGGUUGUACCUACUUCAAUCACAUGAGUAAUUCUUAUUGCAUUACACCCACUGUUGAUCAUUAUGUGUGCAUGGUUGACCUUCUUGCCCGUGCUGGCUAUCUUGAGCACACCCUAAACUUCAUCAUUAAAAUGCCAGUUAAAUCUGUGGUGGUUGUCUGGAUGUGUUUUCUUGGUGCCUGCAGAUUACAUAUGAAUUUAGGGUUAGGAGUAUUUACUGCGACCCUGCUUUUUGAUUUGGAUCCUAAAAGUACUGCAACUUAUGUCCUCCUCUCAAACAUCUAUGCAGAAGCGGGCAGGUGGGGUGAGGUUCAAAUGGUAAGAAGAUUGAUGAAAGAUAGAGGAAUUAAGAAGAUCCCCGGAUGUAGUUGGAUUGAAGGCCAUAAAAAGGUACAUGUUUUUGGUGUAGGAGAUAGAUCACACCCACAAACACAGGAAAUCUAUGAAAAGUUGGAGAAGUUGGAUUGGGAGAUGAAGAAAGCAGGGUAUUUUCUAGAUUCAAGACAUUCACUGAAUGAUGUGGAAAAGGAGGAAAAAGAAUUAUUUGUCUGCUACCAUAGUGAAAAGUUGGCAAUAGCUUUUGGUUUGUUAAACAUGCCCCUUGGAACAACUAUUAGAGUUGUUAAGAACCUUCGAGUAUGUGUAGAUUGUCACACUACAACGAAAUUUAUUUCCAAGAUUGUUUCUAGAGAAAUUGUUGUAAGAGAUGCAAAUCGUUUCCAUCAUUUUAAACAGGGACAAUGUUCUUGCGGAGAUUAUUGGUGAUGCUCUGAAAAAUAUGUUUGUACUAUAAUAAUGUGCAUGGUAUUAGAUGUGCAGUAAUAAUGAAGGGACAAGGUUUCUUGA